CUCAUUAACUUACCCCAACACUUUCCUUUUAGGGUGCACUGGCACGCAUGACGUAAUUUAGGAAGAGCUCUCGUUUGCGGAGUGUGUGCGUACAGCAGGGAGAGCGUCAGUGCGCACCAAGCAGCUUGGCAGCUGUAUUCCUUGGCUCUGAUUGGGCGGAGGGCGGUGAUUCCUUCUGUCACGAUUUGGGUUGCUCCCACCGGAGGACACCGUCCGCUCGAGUCCAGCUUUCACCGAGGUACUCAGGAGAGGAGCAGCAGAAAGAGAGAGGGAAUAAAAGAUCAUCAGCGCUGGAGCUACCAGCUGCCUUUUAUAUUUUUCCUCCGUCGGGGCUGUGUUGAAAGUCGUUCACGAUGCCGGUGUUUCACACCAAGACCAUUGAGAGCAUCCUGGAGCCGGUGGCCCAGCAGAUCUCCCACCUGGUCAUCAUGCAUGAGGAGGGGGAGGUGGAUGGGAAAGCCAUCCCGGACCUGUCGGUGCCGGUGGCCGCGGUGCAGGCGGCUGUGAGCAACCUUGUGCGGGUGGGGAAGGAAACUGUUCAAACCACAGAGGACCAGGUGAUGAAGAGAGACAUGCCUCCUGCUUUUAUUAAGGUGGAGAACUCGUGCUCGAAGCUCGUUCAGGCAGCUCAGAUGCUUAAGGCAGAUCCAUACUCUGUUCCUGCGAGGGAUUACCUGAUCGAUGGAUCCAGAGGAAUUCUGUCUGGAACGAGUGACCUACUCCUUACCUUUGAUGAAGCAGAGGUGCGUAAGAUAAUCCGUGUGUGUAAAGGUAUCCUCGAGUAUCUGACAGUAGCUGAAGUGGUGGAGACCAUGGAAGAUCUCAUCACUUACACAAAAAAUCUCGGACCAGGCAUGACGAAGAUGUCAAAGAUGAUUGAGGAGCGGCAGCAGGAGCUGACCCACCAAGAGCACCGACAGAUGCUCGUCAGCUCCAUGAACACCAUCAAGGAGCUGCUGCCCGUUCUCAUCUCAGCUAUAAAGAUUUUUGUGGCAACCAAAAGCAGCCGAGGAGCCGGCAUUGAGGAGGCUGAGAAGAACCGAAGGUUUACGUUUGAAAAGAUGAGCGCCGAAAUCAACGAGAUCAUCAGAGUCUUACAGCUCACCACGUGGGAUGAAGACGCCUGGGCAAACAAGGACAUGGAGGCCCUGAAAAGAUCUCUGGCUUUGAUUGAAUCAAAGAUGGCGCAGGCUAAAAGCUGGCUCAAAGACCCACAGGGACAGCCAGGAGACCCUGGCGAGGUGGCGCUGCGUGUCAUUCUGGAUGAAGCUGGUAAGGUGGGAGAGCUGUGCGCUGGGAGGGAGAGGAAGGACAUACUGGCGACCACCAGGGCUCUGGGGCAGAUGACUGAUCAGAUUGGAGAUCUGCGUGUCAGAGGCCAGGGCCAGACUCCAGGGUGCAUGCAGCGUGCAGGCCAGUGCUUACAGGGCUUAGAUCUGCUCUUUGGCAAAGUGGACAGUGCUGCUCGGAGACUAGAGGCUCUAAUCAACUCAAAGCAGGCCAUUGCCAGGAGGCUGGAUGCUGCCCAGGCAUGGUUGGCCGAUCCUAAUGGUGGUCCUGAGGGAGAGGAGAACAUCCGAGCGCUUCUAGCGGAGGCCAAACGCAUCGCAGACCUCUGUGAAGACCCCAAGGAGAGGGACGACAUCCUGCGCUCCAUAAACGAGAUAGCAGGACUCACCGCCCGGCUCAUGGAGCUGCGCAAACAGGGUAAAGGCGACAGCCCAGAGGCCCGAGCUCUGGCAAAGCAGAUUGGAGGGGCUCUGCUAAACCUGCAGUCCAAGACCAACCGGGCGGUGGCCAGCAUGAGACCAGCAAAGCCUGCUGUCACGCUGGAGGGUAAAAUGGAGCAGGCUCUGCGCUGGGUGAAUAAUCCCGGGGUGGAUGACAGAGGCGUAGAGUGUGAGAGGAUAGAGUGGAACACAGGCCAGGCAGCAAUCAGAGGAAUGGUUGGAGAAGGGAAGAGGCUGGCUGGAGGCCUGUUGGGUCCGUACCGACAGGACAUGGUCGGGCGCUGCGACCGAACAGAGGGGCUGAUGACAGCUUUGGCAGACAUGGCGAGCAGGGGAGAGGCUGAGGCUCCUCAUGCACGAGCCACAGCGGCACAAUUGCAGGACACCCUCAAGGACCUGAGGCAGCAUAUGCAGGAGGUGAUGACCCAGGAGGUAUCCGAUGUUUUCAGCGACACCACCACCCCCGUCAAGCUGCUGGCGGUGGCUGCAACUGCUCCUCCUGAUGCGCCCAACAGGCAGGAGGUCUUUGAAGAACGUGCAGGGAACUUUGAAACCCAUGCUGGACGACUGGGAGCAACCGCAGAGAAGGCCGCCGCUGUGGGAACGGCGAAUAAGAGCACAGUGGAGGGAAUUCAUGCUGCCAUGAAACACGCCAGGGAGCUGACGCCACAGGUGACUUCUGCUGCUCGGAUCUUGCUAAAAAAUCCAGGAAACAAAGCAGCCUAUGAGCACUUUGACACCAUGAAGAACCAGUGGAUUGACAAUGUGGAGAGACUGACCGGUCUGGUCGACGAAGCCAUAGACACCAAAUCCUUGUUGGAUGCUUCUGAGGAAGCCAUUAAAAAAGACAUUGACAAGUGCCGAGUUGCCAUGGCAAACGUUCAGCCCCAAAUGCUCGUUGCCGGGGCAACAAGCAUAGCGAGACGAGCUAACCGGGUCUUGUUGGUGGCCAAGAGGGAAGUGGAGAACUCUGAAGAUCCCCGGUUUAGAGAUACUGUAAAACAUGCGUCUGACAUCCUCUCGCACACCAUCUCACCCAUGGUGAUGGACGCAAAGGCUGUGGCUGGGAACAUACAAGACAAAGGCCUACAGAAAGCAUAUUUGGACUCUUGUCAAAGGAUCUUGGCUGCAGUGGGAAAAGUCAGAGAAGCCUUCCAGCCUCAGGAACCAGACUUCCCGCCUCCGCCUCCUGACCUGGACCAGCUCCAUGUUAGUGAUGAACAGGCUCCACCUAAACCCCCGCUGCCGGAGGGUGAGUUGCCUCCACCCCGUCCUCCUCCCCCGGAGGAGAAGGACGAGGAGUUCCCGGAGCAGAAGGUCGGCGAGGUGCUCAGCGAACCCAUGAUGGUGGCGGCCAGGCAGCUGCAUGACGAAGCGCGCAAGUGGUCAAGCAAACCUGAGGAUGAGGAGGCAGUAGAGGAGAGGGAGGUAGAUGAUGAAGAUGAGUUUACUGAUGGUGAGGAUGACUAUGAGCCAGAGCUGCUGAUGAUGCCGUCCAACCAGCCUGUCAAUCAGCCCAUUCUGGCAGCUGCCCAGUCUCUCCACCAGGAGGCUCGCAAGUGGUCCAGCAAGGGUAAUGACAUCAUAGCAGCAGCCAAGCGGAUGGCUCUGCUGAUGGCUGAAAUGUCUCGGCUGGUGCGUGGCGGGAGCGGAAACAAGCGAGCGCUGAUUCAGUGCGCAAAAGACAUUGCCAAGGCCUCGGAUGAGGUGACGAGACUGGCUAAAGAAGUGGCCAAGCAGUGCACAGACAGACGCAUCAGGACGAACCUGCUGCAGGUUUGUGAACGAAUUCCCACCAUCAGCACUCAGCUGAAGAUCCUUUCCACUGUCAAAGCUACCAUGCUGGGACGGACAAACAUUAGCGAAGAGGAGUCAGAGCAGGCUACGGAGAUGUUGGUUCACAACGCCCAGAAUUUGAUGCAGUCUGUAAAGGAGACAGUGCGAGAAGCAGAAGCUGCCUCCAUUAAAAUCCGCACAGAUGCAGGAUUCACCCUCCGCUGGGUGCGCAAGACGCCCUGGUACCAAUGAACUUACCUGCUCUCGCUGAAUAAAAGUAGCAACACGCGCUCUCAUUUUGAGCAGGCGUAUCAAGAGGAAACUGCAGGAUUUUGAGCCAUUCUCCACUUUAGUUUUAGGUGGGAAUCUUUGAUUUGUUAUGGGUGAGAAUUUAGCUUGGCUCACUUUUGUCCUCAACUGUGGAAACACACAGGUUUAUCAGGAGACUUUUUAAUAUAUAUUUUUGGUAUUUUGGGUUAUUAGACUUUAUCUAAAUCUUAGGUAUAUAUUUUUUGCAUGACUCAUUUUCUAUUUUCUAAUAGCAGAUUCUGUCAUGGAGACUCUUAAUGCUUAGAGGAUGUUUGAAAUUUUGCGUUGUUUUUCAGUCCUGGUUUUGUAAUGUAUGUUGUAUAUA